AGCGCGAAGCCUGAACCGGUCCACAGUCAACCCCGCUUUGUUUUCUCUCUUCAGGUUCCCUUCUUCCAAACCACUCCACCACUUCUAACCGAAACCAAUAACCGGUAAACCACCGCCACGUCAAAGACCAAAUUGCCCCUCUCGCGGUGGUCUCCGAGCAAAACGUGCGUGGUUCUCGCUCUCAGCCGUUUCUCUCUGUCUCCGAUCAUCUUCUCCGAAACGUUUGAUUCUCUCCGACACUCCAAAAUUUCGCAGUCGGAAUAAUAAAUCGGCGAUUAUGCCGAUUCGGAAUCAGCUGAAUUCCAGGGUUCCGAUCAAGUUCCUGGCCUUCUGCGUCUUCCUCAGCUGCUUUCCAGGAUGCAUACUAUCGGCGAUUGUGACGCUGGAUUCGAUUGAGAUAUACAGCACGCACGAGCUGUUGAAAAGGCCGACGGUUUAUUUCAAAUGCAAAGGGGAUCAGAACAAGACGGUGUUGCCGGACGUCAAGGAAAAGAAGGUCUUGUAUAAAUUCAACGGCCAAGAGUCUUGGCAGCCUUUGACAGAGCUCGAAGGUAAGAAGUGUAAGCGGUGUGGAUUUUAUGAGGAGGAUACAUUCAAAUCAGAUGACGUAUUUGAGGAGUGGGAGUUGUGUCCUUCUGAUUUCGAUGGUCCUGAUGGAAAAUUCCGGCGAAUCACAAAAGACGAAUUCAAUGCAACUUUUGUGUGUUCGGAGUGUGACAUGACUGGAUCCAAAUCCAAUAGCAAGUCGCAUGAAGAAGCAAAGGGAAGGGGAUUGCAUAUUGCUCUAGUUCUAUUAAUCGUUGCUGUCGUGUUAGCACUGUGUAUCGCUGGAGGAGUAGCUGGAUACAAGCACUGGCAAAAGAAGAAGCGACAGCAAGAACAGGCUCGGUUCUUAAAGCUGUUUGAAGAUGGUGAUGAGAUUGAGGAUGAAUUAGGGCUUGAUCAUGUAAUAUGAUAAUGACUAGGUACAUUAACUUUACCUUACAGUAAGUUGAUCUUACACAAAUUUUGCUCUUGUGAAGAAAGAAAAAAAGGAACAAAUAAAAAGUUACAUACAUAUUGUGAAUAUUUUUCGAGAAA